GCUUUACCAAAGAAGCUUGUUUGACUGUGCCGAGCGUCCCGUUGAUCUGACGCCCACAUCCUGGCCCAUUACGCACGCGUCUAUACCGCAACAGGCUCGUCAACAUGCUUUCAAACAAGCCGACACGGAGAAUGAGCCACUCAGAUUAAGAUUUCUGCGGUCUAAUGCGUAACGUGGCGCAAGAAUGAGCUCAAGGACCCUGCGUGUGCUUCACAGCUGAGCCACAAGUGGUCCCUGGAUGGCUGAGCAAGGGAAGAGAGGGGUAUGAUCGGCCUCGAUGAGUGAUUCGGUACUGCCAACAGAUGCACGAAUGUUGGCCGACUAUGACGCCGCGUGGCAGCGGUUGUCCGUGGAGAGAUGGGUACUUAAAGGCUGGCGAAUCCAAUAUCAAUACUCGUCUUUCUGUCUUCACAUCAACAACUGUCAAAAUGGGUUUCUGGGGAACGAAGACAACUACCAGCAGGUAUACGAGAACGGCAACUUCGAAGAGAACAAGUCAAGUCUGGGGCAUGAAGUGAUCGCAGGAGGAGCUGCUUUUGCAGGCUUCAAAGCAUUUGAAGACCACCAGCGCAAAGAGGGCAAGCCGGUUUCCCAUCAGUUCGCCAAAGAGCUUCUUGCCGGCUUCGCAGGCGCUGAGGUCGACAAGCUCGCCGAAACCAAGGGUGAGGACUGGUUCGACCGCGAGAAGGCCAAGCGCGACGCAGAGCACCAUGCAGAGCGCAUGUACGACGAGCACUACAUUGACAACCACGCAACCAGGAACCCAAUGAAGGACUAGCUCAAUCCUUUUGAGACCAGUGCUCUGGCCAGCCCCUCGGUAUCGUCAACGUGUUUCGUGAACAGUGGCAGCUGCUUGUCCAUAUCGACGUGUGUGUGUUUAUCCGGUCUUGUGCUGGAGGCUUCUGAGGGGCUUCCACACCUGCAGAAUACAGGAUCCCUAGGUAUGACGUUGUCGCCAAUGCGCCAAUAGCGGCCAAGCGGGAACAUGAUUCGUGCAAAUC